UGUAAAAACUUUUGCAAACUCCGCAACCCGAAGAGCUAGUUUCCAAAUCAGCCCCAAAAAGCCCACGAAAACCCUCCAGCCCUCCGUGCUGCGGCUCCUUCCGGUCCCCCACCACGCGCCGGACAUGAAAUAUCCCACUCAAACCAACCUACCGCCCACAGACCCAAAUCGGCACCCCGGAAGCCUCAAAUCCGCUCUAUUCCUCUCUCCCCCUCUCUCCCCCAUCGCACCAGCAGGCGAGCGCGAGGCGGAGGAGUAGAGAUGGAGUCGGACCAGGGCAAGCUUUUCAUCGGCGGCAUCUCCUGGGAAACGACGGAGGAGAAGCUGAGCGAGCACUUCUCCGCCUACGGCGAGGUAACGCAGGCCGCCGUCAUGCGCGACAAGAUCACCGGCCGCCCCCGCGGCUUCGGGUUCGUCGUCUUCGCGGAUCCCGCCGCCGUCGACAGAGCGCUGCAGGACCCCCACACCCUCGACGGCCGCACGGUCGAUGUGAAGCGGGCACUCUCGCGGGAGGAGCAGCAGGCCUCCAAGGCCGCGAACCCUAGCGGUGGAAGGAACUCCGGUGGCGGAGGAGGCGGCGGUGGCGGCAGCGAUGCAAGUGGUGCUCGGACGAAGAAGAUCUUUGUGGGCGGGCUGCCCUCUACUCUGACUGAGGAUGGGUUCCGGCAGUACUUCGAGACCUUUGGCAUAGUUACUGACGUAGUUGUCAUGUAUGACCAGAACACACAGCGCCCACGUGGUUUCGGGUUCAUCACCUUUGAUUCGGAGGACGCGGUUGACCGCGUGCUGCAGAAGACCUUCCAUGAUCUUGGUGGGAAGCUGGUUGAGGUGAAGCGCGCAUUGCCCCGUGAGGCGAAUCCUGGCGGCUCUGGUGGUGGUCGUUCUGGGGGAGGUGGGGGUUAUCAGAGCAACAAUGGCCAUAACACCAGCUCUGGUAGCUAUGAUGGUAGAAGUGAUGGUGGCAGGUACGGGCAGACACAACAGGGUAGUGGUGGUGGUGGCUAUCCUGGCUACGGUGCAGGAGGCUAUGGUGCUGGGGCAGCUGGAUAUGGAUAUGGUGCUAACCCUGCAGUUGGAUAUGGAAAUUAUGGGGCUGGAGGGUAUGGGGGUGUUCCUGCUGCUUAUGGUGGACAUUAUGGAAACCCAGGUGCAGCUGGUUCUGGUUACCAAGGUGGACAUCCAGGCUCAAAUAGAGGACCUUGGGGCAGUCAAGCUCCAUCUGCAUAUGGAACUGGAGGGUAUGGUGGCAGUGCUGGGUAUAGUGCUUGGAACAACUCUUCUGGUGGCGGCAAUGCUCUGAAUAGUCAAGCCCCUGGUGGACCUGCAGGCUAUGGAAGCCAGGGCUAUGGGUAUGGUGGAUAUGGAGGGGAUCCAUCAUACGCUAGUCACGGAGGAUAUGGGGCUUAUGGAGCACGUAUUGAUAGUGCUGGCAAUCCUGCUACUGGUGGAUCAUCUGGAUACAAUGCAGGCUAUGGAAGUGGUGGUGCCAACUCUGGCUAUUCAAGUGCUUGGAGUGAUCCUUCGCAAGGUGGUGGAUUUGGCGGUUCGGUCAAUGGAGGUGCUGAAGGACAGUCAACUUAUGGCACUGGCUAUGGCAGUGUGCAGCCCAGGGUUGCUCAGUAAAGAGAGGCAUUUUGAGUGUGCGAAAUGAACCAGUGCAUCUGGGCAGUCUAUGUAUUGAUUUGUCAUUCCAGUCUCUCUGGUUGCUCUCAGCAUUUUGAAGAUUGCCCAUUUGCUGCUUAAAUCAGUAUUUAUCCGGGUUGGAAUGCUUGAUCCUUUAGCGGCUUACUACUAGAACGUCUAGUCAAUAAGUAGCUAAAAUGUGGAGUAGCAGUAUCUUGCGGAAUGCUUUUAUUAAUUUUUACAUUUAGCUUUAUCCAUCUGUGUGGUUUGCCAUGAGUGGAGUUUCAGGUUGCUUCAUCUCUAGUUAUAAGCUAGAGUAGCUUGACUACUUAUGGGCAAAAUUAUCUAGUUGUACCUCUAUUCUACAGAUCAUAUAUUUGUGUUUGACAUUAGUAUUUAUGCUGGAUCUUGCUCUACCUAUAUUCUGGAAUGUUCUCUAUUUGGUGGCUGUAUUGACAUGUGGUAUUAUCAACAUUGAUGGGUUUGAAACAGAUGCAAACCCUGAAAUAUGCAAUCAUAGUUACUUGAUGCUGUAGCUGCUUCUAACAGUAUUUUCAACUGUAGUGCAAGUGUUUUUAUGUAGCUGGAAUGGUACACCCUUCAAGUAUAUCACCAAGCUAUGAAUUCCAUCCAUUUGGUCCUAGAUUUCAAUAUUUUCAAAGCAGCAGUAAGCUUAUUAGCAGCAAGAUUGUAGCGCCAAGUUUCUGAGGUUGAAUGGGAUGGCAUUCUUUUUUUAGAUAUGCCCAAGCAAGGUCUAUGAAAUCAGGCAUUUGAAAAAGGCAUUUUGCACAGUGAUUUACAUGAACUGGCGAGAAGUUCCAAUAUCGGGGUUCUGACAGAAUGCAAGAUACCAGCUUAAGUGCUUCAUUUUCUGAAGGGUCUUGUGCUGUGCUACAAGAUAGUGGACGAAGUGCAACAUGUUGGCUGGAUCCACUUUGGCUGGGUCUGAGGGAGCAUGGGCCAAGAUCUUGGGGGCUCGGCUGUGUGGUGCAACGGGCAGCUUGCUUGCAUACUGGUGAUCGUGGAUGCUUGUGAUAUAGCAUUGCCCCCCAAUGUAUAAGUGAACUUUUAGUGCUAGAGGCUUCCUUUUGUUGGCAUGAUGUCUAUGGUUUAUAGGUGCAGUAGUUGCAUAACACAUAGUAUACUCAGUAUACUUUGUGUGGAAGCUAUUGAUGCUUUUCUUUUUGUUUAGCAUGAAUGCCAUAUAAUUGUACAUUGAAUUGACAUAUUAAGUUAUUGCUAAAACACACUUCAGUGAA